GCGCAUGCCCAGCGCCGUGUCGCGCACGCGCGCUCUAAGGCUUCCCUUGACCUUUGACCCGCCGACUACCCUUGAGGCCGGGCCGCGGGGCCAGGAAGUCGGAGUUGGAGCCCCUGAGGCAGAGCGGCUGCCAUGGCCAAGUACCUGGCGCAGAUCAUUGUGAUGGGUGUGCAGGUGGUGGGCAGGGCCUUUGCACGGGCCCUGCGGCAGGAGUUUGCAGCCAGCCGGGCCGCAGCUGAUGCCCGAGGACGCGCUGGACACCGGUCUGCAGCCGCUUCCAACCUCUCCGGCCUCAGCCUCCAGGAGGCACAGCAGAUUCUCAACGUGUCCAAGCUGAACCCCGAGGAGGUCCAGAAGAACUAUGAACACUUAUUUAAGGUGAAUGACAAAUCCGUGGGUGGCUCUUUCUACCUGCAGUCAAAGGUGGUCCGCGCAAAGGAGCGCCUGGAUGAGGAACUCAAAAUCCAGGCCCAGGAGGACAGAGAAAAAGGGCAGAAGCCCCACACGUGACUUCUCGGCUCCCCCCACCCACCUCGCCACCUCUAAUUUAUAGCUUGGUAAUAAAUGUCUUUUCUGCA